UAUUAUAUCAAUCAUAUUUUGUGCUUUACAUUUGUAAAACAAUAGUGAUUUAACACAGUGUAUAGUUUGAACUUUUCCCCUAUUUUGAUUAAUUUCAUUUUUUUAUAUUGCAUUUUUUGGUGAAAGUGUUCUUUUUUCUAAUAAUUUAGCCAUUUCAAUUUUUAAUUCUGGUUCAAAUUCUUAACGAUAAUGUCUGACGAGAACAGUCCGACUAGCAGUUACAUAAUUGACGUGGAACACGAGCACACGAAUACUAAUGGCUCGGCCUCCAUCGACCACGACAACCUCUCCACCUCCCACUCCUCUGUUGCCGAACUAGACGUCCCUUCUCCCGACACGAACCAACUAAAACCACCAAUAAGGGACGAAGUGGAUGAUGCGAAUGGACGCACGUCAGAAAUGAGUUUCUCGGAGCUGCUGAACAAACCGAACAACGAACUGUCCUUCCGUGACCUCUCUUACACAGUGUGGGUUAAGAAAGAAAAGGAGCACAAGAAGAUCCUGGAUAAAGUGUGUGGGCAUUUUGCGCAGGGGGUCAAUGCUAUCAUGGGUCCAAGUGGAGGUGGGAAGACCAGUUUGUUGGAUAUUUUGAGCGAGCGAAUCAACCUUACAGGUGUGGAAGGGGAAGUGUUACUGGAUGGGGAGCCCACUCCCCCCGACUUCCGACUCAUAUCGGGCUAUGUGGUGCAGGACGAUGUGGUGAUGGCCACUCUGACAGUGAGGGAGAACCUGCUCUUCUCCGCCAAUCUCCGACUCAGUACCAACAUCAGUCUGUUCGACAAAAUGACCAAAGUGGAAAGAAUCAUCCACCAACUGGGUCUGCAGGCGUGUGCAGAUAGCAUAGUGGGCAGUCAGUUGAAGAGGGGCAUCUCGGGUGGGGAGAGGAAGAGGUGCAAUGUGGGCACAGAACUACUCACCAACCCAAAGAUUCUGUUUCUGGACGAGCCGACUACAGGACUGGAUGCAUCUACUUCCUUCACGCUGACGACUCUGCUGGAUGAGCUGGCGAGGGAGAACAGCAUGACUGUGAUCAUGUCCAUCCACCAGCCACGAGCAUCCAUCUUCAAACAGAUUGAACGCCUCACUCUACUAUCACAAGGCAAGACAGUGUUCCACGGGGAGCAGAUGGAUAUCAUAGACUACUUCUCCAAGCAGGGGCUGCAGUGCGAGGAGUUCGACAACCCCGCCGACUUCCUCCUCGACACCAUCCUGCUCCACCAGCCGGCCAUAGGUCUACACUUGCCUCCAGGGGAGAAGAUUCCCUCUCCCAAUUACCCCAACACUGAGAUCUGGAAUCUGGCGGAGGCGUUCAAAAACUCAGAGUACAACGAGAAACGAGUAGAGGGAAUGCUCGAGUCAAUCAAGUCAAAAGACAAAUUGAACAAAGACCAGCUGCGCCUGAAGAAGAAAGUAAGUCCCACUUACCAGACGUCUCUAUGGACCCAAGUGUACCACCUGACAGUGAGGGGGGCGAAGAACGUGUGGAGGGACUCGACUGCACUCACGAGUCAGGUGGUGUUCGCCUUCUGCUUCGGACUCCUCAUGGCCAUCAUAUAUGCAAAUGCUGGGGACAAUUUGAACGACCCAGAUGGAUUCAUGGACAGGUAUGGGUUCUUCAUGUUCCUCAGUCAGAAUAUCAUCUUUGGGUCCCAGUCGGUGCUGGAGAUCUUCCGGUCUGAGAGGGUGGUGUUCCUGCACGAGAGGAGCAACGGGUUCUACAGGACAAGCGCAUACUUCAUAUCUAAACUAGCGGUGGAGAUAUUGCUGGUUCGUAGCUCUACAAUUGUGAUCUACUCGUUCAUUGUGUACUGGAUCAUAGGACUGGUCAACCAACUGGAGAACUUCCUCAUCUUCAUCCUCUGCAUGUGGACUCUCAUGUUCGCUGGCAUUUCUAUGCUCCUCAGCUUGACCAUCAGUUUCAACAAUGUGCAGGUGGCCCAGCUGAUGACUACUGUACCCACACUUGUAUCCAGUAUUUUCUCCGGACUCUUCAUCAAUAUUGAGACCCUCCCAGUCUACCUGAAAUGGCUACCCUACGUCGCACUAGGCCGAUACCCGAUGGAAAUCUGGUCGACCAAUGAGAUGGCAGGAUUAAUAUUCUACGGAACGACCAAUGAGACUUUUACAUACGAAAAUGGAACAACGUAUUGGGAAUUAGUGCCGUACAAUAAAACGGGAAAAAGGAUGCUGGAAGACCAGGAUAUUUCAGCUGACAGUUCGAAUAUAUGGAGAAAUGAAGCAAUUAUGGCAGGAGCUACAGUUGUUUUGUUUAUAGUCAGUUUCAUUCAGUUGACCUUGCUGAAAAAACGAAAAUGAUUAUAUCGUAUAACCAAAACUGUUACUGCAUGAUUUGUAAGUCAAGCAUGAAAGUUCAAUUCUUACAACAUU